AUGCCUGCUCAAUCCGCUACCUCACAUACGCCGCAGCGUCAAUCGCGACGACACAACAACUUCAAGGAAAACAUCAACUUCUUUGAGCCCGGCAAGCAAGGCCGUCGCACUGGCCUGGUCUUGAAGGAUACGGGCGUCCGCGAUGAACACGGUUUCGAGCCCGUCAGUGGCAUCUUCUCGUCACCACAGCCUACACCAGCCCAGCCUUCACCCCAACGCUCGCCCUUGCGCUCACCACAGCGCGUCUCAGCAAAUGGUAAUGACUCGGCGCUAGGAUCGUCGUCUAUGGUUCUGCAAGACAGCUCUAUUCCAGAAAUCUCAGAAACUCUCCACCUACGCAAGACUCCUCAUCUACCACCAAAGGCUCAAACUCCGCGCCGCUCAAAUAUUCAAGGAUCACCCAUCCGUCAUUCAGCCAUCAAGCCUGUAGACACCCAGUCCUCCCCCCAAGAUGCGCCUUCAACGACCCGCACGAGCAGGCGUCUCGACUUUGCCAACAAGCAGCAGAACAAACCUCAGCCGAAUGUCGCUCCUAGUCCGAGCCCUUUCAAACCGCGAUUCGGAAAGUCGCGUAAGAGUGUCUUCGAUUUGCAACAAUCUCCCGGCAGGCCUGAGUACAACCAGCAAGACGCCGACGACCUCGACAACUCUGUUCAGCAGGUUCAAGAUGCAGUCAAUGAGUUGUUCCAAGACGACCUUCCAAAAGACGUCCUCUCCUCUGCACGAAGCACCAGGUCGCAAAAGCGCAGACUCUCAAAUCUUUCUUCGCCUGUCGCCAUUCAACCAUCUUCAGUACCCAGGUCAAAUAAGCGCCAAAGGCCGAGCCUCGAUCAUCAGGAAGACCAGACGACAGUAGAUCACACAAUCGCAGAUCAGACGACGAUGGAUCAAACAACCGUUGAUCAAACAGAACUCCCUGAUCAGACAGACGCCGAGUACACGUACAUCACCGUAGACCAGACAGAAAUGCCUGAUCAGACCGAAUUGCCCGAUCAAACAGAGCUCCCAGAGCAGACUGAAUUACCUGAUCAGACAGAAAUGGUUGACCAGACUGAAGCGCCAGAAGAGACGGGAAUUGAAUACACUUGGGUGGAUCAGACGGUGCUCGAUCAGACAACGUACGAUCAGACAGCCAUGGACGACACGGUGAAUGUCGAGCAGACGGUCGCAGAUGAGACAGCCAUGGACAAGACAGAAGCAACACACAUGUUUGAUCACACAAUAGCCGAUGCGACUAUGGCCGAUGAGGAUAUUGCCGAAACAACAGAGCUGCCUGAUGAGCCCGUCGUCGAGACGUCCGCCCCCCUCUCAACCAAGAAGAAGAGACCGUUUGAAGUGAGGAAAGAUGUUCAACAGCAGCCUCACGAGGAUGAUGCGAGCGAUCACGAUCAAGAACCUGACCUAUCUUCACCUUCAAAUGCCGCCCAAGAUUUCAUACCACCACCAGAAGACCAUGUACAAGACGAAUCUGAACACGAGCCGCAACCAGAACCAGUGAAGAAGCGGGGUCGUCCGAAGGCCGCUGCGAAGACCAAAGGAAAGAAGAAACAACAAUCCGCCAGCGUGGAGCCGCGUCCAAGAGCAUCAAGAGAUAGCGAAUCUGUCGGUCCUGAUGGUCUCAGGAAACCAGGCCCCAAAUCUAUCGUCAACCUGCGUGCAGGCACGCCUGCCGAGGAUGAAGGUGCCAAAACUACAAGAUCUGGUCGUACUUCGAUUAAGCCUCUGAAAUACUGGUGCAACGAAACAUAUAUCUGGAAUAAGGGUGAGGUUGAGGGUAUUGUUCGCGCUGAACCUGUCGAACAACCAAAACCAAAACGUGCUGCACCAUCGAGAAAGAAGGGAACACGAUUGGGUCCUAUCAAGGAAGAUGAAGAGGAAGAUGAAGAUUUAUUGCCAGAAGCAUGGGAGCAGGAACUGGGUGUUAUCAACAGCACAGUUCGAGCUUGGGAUCCCAGAACUGGCACUGGCAGUACCGAAGUCGAAGGGGUGAAUGAAGUCGAAGAUAUUGCAUUCGCAGCAACAGCCAUCAAAACACAGGACGUCCACGGCUCGUCAUUCCGCUACGCGAAGGUUAUGACCCUUCCUUUCUUUGGAUCCGGCAUGGUCGAAAUCCCACCAGACGGCUACAAACGCAUGAAGAAUUCGCGCAAAAUGCAAAUGGUGUUUUUUGUGCAUGAAGGCAAGGUUACAGUGGAUAUUGAAGACGUCCAAUUUGGUAUGACCAAGGGCGGUGUCUGGCAAGUCCCUAGAGGAAACAACUACGCCAUUAUGAAUGAGAGUUCUACACACCCGGCCAAAAUCUUCUUUGCGCAAGGAUGUGAGAUUUCUAGUCAAUUUGAGGAUUUGGGACGGGAGUCGCAGUCUUGA